GUAAAAAGUACUAUGUAAUAGAUAUUUUGAUUAAUUAAUUUGAAUUCAAUUUACUCAAUAAAGUAUUUCUUUUAACAAAAAAUAAUGUCGAACAUAUGGGAGGACUCUAGAUUUUCUAAUUUAUUACGCGACUCGCGUUUUAAAAAUUUACCAACAUAUAAGAAGCAAAUUAAAAUAGAUAAACGUUUUAAAUCUAUGUUUGAUGAAGCAAAAUUCAAUUCAAAGCAGGGUGUAGAUAAAUACGGAAGACCCCUUUUAAAUUCUAAUGAAGAUGAAUUGAAAAAGUAUUAUGAUAUAGAUUCUGAUGGAAAUUCUGAAGAAGAGAUUGAAAAAGAAGCUAUAUUGGAAGAAAAAGCUUUAAAAAGUGAAAAUGACAAUUAUAUGGGAGAUGAACUAUCAAACGAUGGUAUUAUUUUAUCAACAGAGAUUAAAAAAAAACUUUUGAAUGAUGUUGAUUUUGCCCGGGGAGAAGGGAAAAUAAUAUCAGAUAGCUCAUCAGAUGAUGAAACAUCGGAAGAAGAAAAUGAUGAAGUUGAACAUGAAUUUUGGGGAGAGCUCGACAACAAUUUUGAAGAAACACAAGAAUCCACUAAACGUUUAGCUUUUUGUAACAUGGAUUGGGAUCAAAUUAAAGCUGUUGACAUAAUGAUAUUAUGCCAUUCUUUUCUGCCAGUUGGCGGAGCUGUGUUAUCUGUUAAAGUAUAUGUAUCUGAGUUUGGAAAGAAUUGUCUCAAAGAGGAAGAAACAAAAGGUCCUUUAGAUUUAGUGGGAAUAAACCAAAAUAAACAAGCAAAACUCGAACUUUCCGAAAAUGAUGAUAGUGAGGAUGAGGGGGACUCGUAUCAUAUGGAAAAGUUGCGACAAUAUCAAAUAAAUAAACUUAAAUAUUACUAUGCAAUUGCUGAAUGUGAUUCUAAAGAAACAGCUGAAAAAUUAUAUGUGGAAUGUGACGGUUUAGAAUAUGAAAGCACAUCUACCAAACUUGACUUGCGUUUUAUCCCUGAUGACAUGUCCUUUAAUGAUGAGGAUAUAAGAGAUCACUGUACCGAUUUACCUAUGAAUAUUUCGAAUUAUAAACCUCAUUUGCAGCCUGUCACGGCCCUACAGCAAGCUAAAGUUAAGGUAACAUGGGAUGACACAACUUUAGAAAGAAAAGAAGUUUUUGAGAAGUUGUCCAGCGGCAAAUAUGAGGAAAUUACUGCUGAGGAAUUAAAAAAAUAUGUUAACUGUUCUGAAGACGAAAAUUCUGAUGUAGCUGAUGAUGAUUGUAUUACAAAUACAGAAGGGUCAAAUACUAAAGCUGAGUUUGAAUCAAACAUGGAUGCCAUAUCAAAAUAUAAACUGUUAUUAGAAGACAUUAAAAAUAAAGAAAAACAAAACAGUAGGAAGAAAUUUGAAAUGGAAUAUUCUUGGGGUAUUAAUCAAUCGACGAAUGAGAGAACAAACAGAGAUAACACUUCUAAGAGAAACUCCGAUGAUGGUGGUUAUAGCUCAGAUGACAUUCCAUCUGAUAUCGAUUUAAAUGAUCCAUACUUUGCCGAAGAGCUCGGCACUAAUUCAAGAAAAGGGAAAAAGAAAAAGCAAAAACUGAAAAAAGAUUUUGAAGAAUUUGAAGAUUCACAAACUAAUGAGUUAAAAUUACUUCUAGGCGACUUUAACGAUGACUCAGGGAAAAAAGAUAGGAAAUCAAAAAGAAAAACAAAGAGGAAAAAUGAAGGAGAGGAUACAGAAAAGGGGGAAAAAAUGUGUGAGCCAGGGCUUACUUCAGAUAAUUUCCAAGUUAAUGUAAAAGACAAGAGGUUUGAAAGCAUAUAUACAUCGACAUCCUAUAGUAUAGAUCCUAACAACCCACGCUUUAAAAAAACUUUAGGAAUGGAUAGUAUAAUUCAAGAAAAAAUAAGAAGACGAGAUAAUACAGAUAAACAAAAAAGUUAAUUUUUCUUUAAUUUUUAAACAAGAGAGUAUGUAGCAUGUUUUUUACUUUGAAAAGGAAUUUUUAAUAAUUAGAUAAAGCUAUGUAAUAAAUCA